AUGGCGGUGGCACGGAAAAUCAAAACUUUGUUGACGGUGAACAUCUUGGUCUUCGUGGGCAUCAUCCUCUUCUCCGUCUACUGCAGGAUCCAGGACCGCUCCCAGGAGCUGGUGCAGAUCGUCCGGAGCGCGGACCGCCGGGCCAGGAGCCGCGGCGCCAAGGUUGGCAGCCUGGCCGACAGGGAGUCCAUCCUGCAGCGCCUGGACCACCUGGAGGAGGUGGUCUACAACCAGCUCAAUGGUCUGGCAAAGCCCAUGGGAUUAGUUGAAGGUCCAGGAGGCCUGGGCCAGGGGGGAAUGGCUGCUACCCUCAGAGAUGAUAGCCACGAAUCAGAGACUAAGUACGAAGAAUAUGGUUACAAUGCCCAGCUCAGUGACAGGAUAUCACUGGACAGGUCCAUUCCUGACUACAGACCAAAAAAGUGCAGGCAGAUGAGCUACCCCGACGACCUGCCCCAGAUCUCCGUGGUGUUCAUCUUCGUGAACGAGGCGCUCUCGGUCAUCCUGCGCUCGGUGCACAGCGUGGUCAACCACACCCCCUCCCACCUGCUCAAGGAGAUCAUCCUGGUGGAUGACAACAGUGACAACGUUGAGCUAAAAUUUAAUCUGGACCAGUAUGUCAAUAAAAGAUACCCAGGGCUGGUGAAAAUCGUGCGCAACAACAAACGAGAAGGACUGAUCCGAGCCAGGAUCCAGGGCUGGAAAGCAGCAACCUCUCCUGUCGUCGGCUUCUUUGAUGCCCACGUGGAAUUCAACAUUGGCUGGGUGGAACCUGCCCUUACCCGGAUCAAAGAGGAUCGGAAGCGGAUCAUCCUGCCGGCCAUCGACAACAUCAAGUACAACACGUUUGAAGUGCAGCAAUACGCCAACGCCGCCCACGGCUACAACUGGGGGCUCUGGUGCAUGUACAUAAUCCCACCCCAGGACUGGCUCGAUAAAGGGGAUGAGUCAGCUCCCAUCAGGACACCAGCCAUGAUCGGGUGCUCCUUUGUAGUGGACCGAGAGUAUUUUGGUGAGAUUGGUUUGCUUGACCCUGGUAUGGAGGUCUAUGGAGGGGAAAACAUCGAAUUAGGCAUGAGGGUGUGGCAGUGUGGGGGGAGCAUGGAGGUGUUGCCCUGCUCUCGUGUGGCUCACAUCGAGCGCACCAAGAAACCCUACAACAACGACAUCGACUACUAUGCAAAGCGCAACGCCCUGCGCGCCGCCGAGGUCUGGAUGGACGACUUCAAGUCGCACGUUUACAUGGCCUGGAACAUCCCCAUGGCAAACCCUGGAGUUGACUUUGGAGACGUUUCUGAAAGAAUUGCUCUGCGACAGCGACUGCAGUGCCGGAGUUUUAAGUGGUACUUGGAGAACGUGUACCCUGAAAUGAGGGUUUACAAUAACACAGUCACUUAUGGAGAGGUGAGGAACAGCAAAGCCAGUGGCUACUGCUUGGACCAGGGAGCCGAAGAGGAUGACAAAGCAAUCCUGUAUCCAUGCCAUGGAAUGUCCUCUCAGCUCGUCCGGUACAGCUCCGAGGGGGUCCUGCAGUUGGGGCCCUUGGGCUCCACCGCCUUCCUGCCCGACUCCAAAUGCCUGGUUGACGAUGGGAAGGGCAGGACACCGACCCUGAAGAAGUGUGAAGAUGUCCUGAGGCCAGCACAGAGGUUCUGGGAUUUCACACAGAAUGGCCCAAUCAUCAGCAGAGACACUGGCCGUUGUCUAGAAGUGGAAAUGUCGAAGGAUGCAAAUUUUGGGCUCAGAUUAGUUGUACAGAGGUGCUCGGGGCAGAAAUGGAUGAUCAGGAACUGGAUAAAACACGGCAGACACUGACUGCUGGGGCUGGGCUGCCCCUCCUGCUGUUGUCCCUUGCUCAGUGUGCCAUACCUUGCAAGGCAUUUGUCUUAAAGCAAAUUAGUUUGAACAGGUCUUGGCUGUCCAGAGUCCUCCUCAGUCGGGCAUUCAAAGGAAAGAAAGAAGGAGAACAAAAAGCAGACACACACAUGCCCUGUUUGACUCUUCCUUGCUCCAGUAGAUGAUGUGGGAAGCUUAACAAGAGUUUUCUGUUGAUUUGGAAAUCUUGUGAAGAUCAGAACACGACAGGGAAGCGGAUUCCUUAAGCUCUCCUAGAGGAAUUAACAGACAGAUCUUUCUGUGAUGAGUUCAAAGGAGAGAUCCCAAUACUGCCUCAUAAAGAGAGUUCUCUGAUGGGUAGCUUUUUAGCUUUAAGUUUUUUGACUGGUGCACAACUCCUAUGGUGAAUAAUCAUGUGCCUUUUUUAUUGUACUUCGUAUAAAAGAGGACUGGAAAAAUCCUACCUUUUCAGCAUGUCUGGUUCAUUGUACUAAACAAGAAGAUCUGUAAAUAACACUGGAAAUAUAAUAUAAUAUAUGAUGCAUUUCGAGGUUGAUUGUUUAGGAGUCUCUGUUUCUAGAGAGAGACUGUUCCGCAAAUGUUUACAGGUGGUUCUCAACCUUCAAGCUGCUGAAAAGCAGCAUUUUUAGAGACCUCUUCUAGAUAGACACAGGUAAAUGUUGAAUAGGUAAAAUAGCCACACGCUCCGUUAUAUUGCCACGUUCUACAUUUGUUGGCUGUGAAGGCAUCACAAUAUAGCACUUGCAUAUUUAACUCUUCCGAGGCAGUAAAUGUCCUGCUGGAGGGAUGGAUUUCAAGAGGCCUCAGUUGGCCCCCAAGCCCCGAGCAGGUGAGUGUGAGGUUCCCUUCCUGCCAUGCUGUGCAUGCAGGUGCCCUGCUGUGCUGUUCCAGGGGCUGCCUGGAAGCUGGAUACUCGCUGCUUCCCAAAAUGAGUCGAGUGGCUUCGGUGCCACCUGUGGAAUUUAAAAACUUGAAUCUUUCGUUUCGUUCCCCAUCCUGUGGAAAUGUCAAAUGUGAGCAAACACGCUUUGUGAGCACUGUCUGGACAAGGUUCCUGAGCAAGCCAGCAAAGGCUUUCCAGCAUUUGAAAAGCAAACACAAACCUAGUGAUAAGAAGGCAAAUUAGAGCAGCAGGUAGGGAGCGUAUAUAAAUACUGUUACUCUGAAAUACGAAUAUUUUACUGUAGUCGACCCAUUGACAGCAUCUUUGUGAACCUGAAUUUAAUAAUGUAUCCAGUGGUUCCUGCAGGAUGUGUGCACAGGUAGCCAGAGCAGUGACAAGGUCUUACCCCAAAGGCUGUCAGAGUUGAUGGCCGCUGUCGACAUCAGCGGGUUUUGGCUGUGGCUCCGUGUCAGGCAGAUUUUCAGUGCAGAUUUUCAGUGCAGCAGAUUCAGUCAUACGUGAAGGAGACACACAGAUGGGAUCUGUUAAUUUCGCUGUUUAAUAUUUUAUAGAGCUUUAAAAAACAAAAUUGCUUUGUUUUUCCUGAGCCAGGUAAUUGCAGUCACUGCGGUGCUGUUGAGUCUUGGUGAUCUGUUCCUCGAAUAGCUUUUGCCAUCCCUAUUUCAAGGCAUGCUGAACAAAAUCGAAUGGAAACAAAGUUAAUUUUUCAAGGGCACGAUAUGUAAUAAAAUAUUUACUUUUAACAUGCAAAAUCCAUCAGUUCUUGUCAACUCUUGGUUAGUAUGUGGAAAGCAUAUCACUGUAUUUUGCCCUGAUUUUAUUUCUGAAACACAGCAUGCAAGAUGCAACACAAAGCCAGUUCUCCUGGAGUUUAUUUGUGGCUAAUUGCUGAGCUCUAUUUAUGUCGUGUGGGCCUCGUCACGCAUGAAUAUAUAUAAAAGAAUAAUUCUGGGUGAGAUUCUAGAUAUAAAAAUGCUUCAAACUCCGUGUUUACGGUUAGUUGAACACAACCUUUUGAACAGUGUAAUAAGACCUGCAGGGAGAAUAGCAUCUUUAAUAAAUCAAGGAAUAUGGUAUAAAAUCACGGACAAUCUCAGUAUUCAAGCCUUCCUGCAGGUCUGAACCAGGUAGGAAGCUUCAGGCUAAAUAUAGAUUGGGAACAGCUGCCCUGCAUUUAACCUCCUUAUGUUGACUGUAGACAAUUUAAAAUUGCAGUUACCGUCCAUGGAGCAGCUGUUGAAAGCUUUGCACAGGAGUGUGUUUGCAAGUGGCUUCUCAUCUUCUAUCCAGACACAGUUGCCCCAUUUUAAAUUGUAUGAAAGCUGAAUUUUCCUUUUGUUUGCUCUGAUGGAGUUUUGCUCCUUGAGGGAGGUGAGAAGGCAAAAGAGGGGAAAGAUGAUUUUACCAGGUGAGCUUUUUGGGGAGUAACAGGUCAUUCACACCGUUUUUAGUCGUCCCAGUGAGUAAGUGCCAACUGUAUUAUAUGAACAAGGCUGGAAGUUGAAAGUAAUUAUAUAUCAGUGUGACUAGUAAAUGCCUAACUCUUAGAGUUAGGGUAGAAGAAGGAAAGCAGGUUUUUGUGAUAGAUAAGUGGCUCUGAGAUUUACAGACUAAUAUAAAAAAAUUCAGAUAACUCUUAAAGGUGGAGUCAGUAUUUUCUGUGAUUGUCAUUUUUUUUUAAGAUUUGCUGAAAUAAUUUCUUAUAUUUGCAAAGCACAUCUGUUGGAUUAUUUUUACUUUAGUCUUUAUCUGUAUGAACCACUGCUUUGGCUGUGGUAUUAACAUGGUGACUCUGCAUGUGAGAGGGUCUUAAAUAUUCUCUCAUCAAAGGAAUAAUAAUAAUAAAAAGCCUUGAGUAUUAUCUGUUUUAACCAAAGUCUAUGGUUCUUUUGUCAAUAUUUUACCCCUUAGUAUUAUCUGAAAUCCUGCUUAAUGUUGUGCAGAUUUUCAGUCUUGUUUCCCACAGUGUAGCAGUUCUAGAUAUUGAAAAGUAUUUAAUGUAGUGCAAUAUGCCUUGUAGAGAAAAUUCAGAUCAAAGUCUUCAUUUGCUAUUUUGUUUGAUUUGGGAGAUUAUGGAGCUAAAUACUAGGUCAUAGGACAGAAGAAUAGAAGGUGAGAAAGAACAUCAAGCCUGGCACAUUGUUGUCAAAGGCAAAGCAGUAAAAAUAGACUUUUCUGAGCAUGUCAGGGUCCCUAAAAUUUAGCUUGAGUCCUGUGGUAAAAAAACCUCUUUCUCCUUUGAGAACUAUAAACUGUUUUCCAAGCUGGAUUUUACUUUUGGCUUGAUUAAAGCUACUUGUUCCUCAGCCAAAAUUUUCCUCUAGUUUUGCUGACUCACUGUUUCCCGAGGAACAAUAACCUCCAGUGGAAGCAACAAAGAGAAAAAGAACUAAAGAAGGUGUUUUGGGAGCACCCAAUGGAUUCCCUUGCAGUUGUUUAAGAUCUGUAAUGUGCUCACCCAUGAGAACUCUUCAGGGCUCUUCCACAUCCAAAAAGCCAAACUCAGGUUCCAUAGAAGUGAUCUAAAACCAAAACAUGGAAACAAAACAACAGGUCUUCAUACAUAUUGGAAUGUGUUGAGCUUUCUAUCUCAUUUCAGGGAAUAAUUUGGGGCUCAGUGUGUCUGAAGGUGAGGCUUUCACAGUCCUUUGUUUAUAUUCCUUUUCAUCAGCCUGCUCCUUUUUAAAAACUGUGGUCUAGUAGAUGAAAAUCUCACUUGCCAUGUGACAGGGGGUGUAAUCUGUCUGACACAGGACAGCUGCAGUUUUAAGUGCUUAAGCCAGAGCUAAUAAGAUUUAAUGAAAUAGCACCAGCCCUAAUCUGUUCUUUAGAUCAAUUACACAGCAUGUAAUUCCUUCAGCAUCCAGGAUUCAUUUGAGAUGGUUCAUUAACAGACAUGCAGAAGCACAUUAUGGCCUGUUUAGGGAUCCAGUGAGUUGGGUUGUAGGAAGAACUUUAAUAGAAGCUGUGGUUCAGAGGUACUUUGGCAUAUUAUCCUCCAGUUAGGACACAGAUAGCUUUGGUUUUUUGUGAAAGGCUUGAGCAGGAAGAACAACUGUCAGAAUUCACUUGGCUGAAGAUGUCGCUAACAAUGAUGUUCCAUUUCUGGCUGCUGCUGUUUUGACUCCCUGCUUCUUAGUGCUGCUCAAAGCCCGUGGCAGAGGUCAUGCCACAGAUCAAAGAUGGUAUUGCAGUUUAGAAGGUCUAUAACAAGCUGGACAGAAACCAAGGAAUUAUCAGGUCUUCACAUGUCUCUAGAUCUGCAUGUCACCACAGUAAACUUAAUAUCAUGUUCUCUUUGGAAAGAAUCCCAAACUUAAUAAAUGUGUGUAUUGCUUCAUCAGGAAGAGCUGUUCAAGAGACCAGCCAUACAAUUUGAUAUUCUUUUCCUGUGUGUGACAUUAGUGGACUUAAAGUGAGAGCUCUAAUUACUGAAUAGAUGGAAAAUACAUUAACUGGCACCGUGGUCUACUGAAGUCUGUGCAUCACACAUUUUUAGCUUCCUCUGUGGUAACCAGGAUGUUCUUCAAACACUAAGGCACUGAGUGUGUUCUGCCAGAGAUGGAGUCUGCUCACCUAGGGAACUAAGGGAACUCAAGGAAUAAAUACUGAAAUUAUACAGUUAAUAAUUAUUAGUGAAUGUGGCACAAAGUGCAUAAAAAUUUACAUCUUCUCCAAAAUGUAAUUAAUUAGUUUCAGAUACUUUCUUAACAAUCUCUGUGUUCCUAUAAAGAUGUGGGAUGCUUGUGCUGUGUGAAGAUUUCUGCUGUGUCUUUACAAUGCCCCAGCCAUCAAUGACAUUAGAAGGAGAGAUAUACAGUGACUUUAGUACAUUGUAAUGGAUUUCAGAAUGGUUUCACAAAUACAUUGACUUAUAUGACAAAACCAUUAAUGACUUGUAACUAAAGGUGUUGAGUUGAGAGGUUGUCCUAAGUAAAAACAAUGUUUCUUUGUCCAAGAACACUUACUUAAAAAACACCCAGUGAAGCAAUAUAUGGCAACCUGCUUUUGAAGAAGUUAAUUUCUGAAUCAAGAACAUUCUUCAAAAACCUGUAGAAGCACUGGUUACUUUUCAUAGCAUUACAGUUUCCUGUUGGCCACCAACAAGUGUUGUGCAGUUUUCAAACUCUUUGUAAUGUUUAAUUAAGAAAAAAAAAAUAAUGCAGCAACUAGAAUGCAAGUUGUGACUGCGAAUAAUUUUUCAUUAUGUGGCACAUCAUCAAAUCAAUUUGUAUUCACACUCAAAAAGUUAAUAAAUUACUAUGCAUUUUACUGCU